UGAGCCCGCGGUUGUGCGGGGUUUGGGGAGCGGCGGCGGGGUGCAGCCGGGUACCCAGGUGCGGAGGCGCGGGGUGCCGAGGAGGCAGAUGGGGCCGUUAGGGACGCCCGAGCAGCCCACCUCGGCCUGACCUGGCCCACCCGCCUGCUCGCGGCCCGCCUCUCCACCCCGCCUCCACUCGGGUCUGGAGCGGCCCCGCCCCCGACCUGAGCCUGGUCCCUCCUCAGGCACUGACCCUUGACCUCGCAGGCGCUCCCCCAUCUUUCAGGCGCGAUGGCUACGGGCGCGGAUGUACGGGACAUUCUAGAACUCGGGGGUCCAGAGGGGGAUGCAGCUUCCGGGACCAUCAGCAAGAAGGACAUUAUCAAUCCGGACAAGAAAAAGUCCAAGAAGUCCUCGGAGACGUUGACCUUCAAGAGGCCGGAGGGCAUGCACCGGGAGGUCUAUGCCCUGCUCUACUCGGACAAGAAGGAUGCACCCCCGCUCCUGCCCAGUGACACUGGCCAGGGCUACCGCACAGUGAAGGCCAAGCUGGGCUCCAAGAAGGUGCGGCCCUGGAAGUGGAUGCCAUUCACCAACCCGGCCCGCAAGGAUGGAGCGAUGUUCUUCCACUGGCGGCGGGCCGCGGAGGAGGGCAAGGAUUACCCAUUUGCCAGAUUCAACAAGACUGUACAGGUGCCCGUGUACUCGGAGCAGGAAUACCAGCUCUACCUGCACGAUGACGCUUGGACCAAGGCAGAAACUGACCACCUCUUCGACCUCAGCCGCCGUUUCGACCUGCGUUUCGUGGUCAUCCACGACCGGUAUGACCACCAGCAGUUCAAGAAGCGUUCUGUGGAGGACCUGAAGGAACGAUACUACCACAUCUGCGCCAAGCUUGCCAACGUGCGGGCCGUGCCAGGCACAGACCUCAAGAUACCAGUAUUUGAUGCUGGGCAUGAGCGACGGCGGAAGGAACAGCUGGAGCGUCUCUACAACCGGACCCCAGAGCAGGUGGCCGAGGAGGAGUACCUGCUACAGGAGCUGCGCAAGAUUGAGGCCCGGAAGAAGGAGCGGGAGAAACGUAGUCAGGACCUGCAGAAGCUGAUCACGGCAGCGGACACCACUGCAGAACAGCGGCGCACAGAGCGCAAGGCCCCCAAGAAGAAGCUGCCUCAGAAGAAGGAAGCUGAGAAGCCGGCUGUUCCUGAGACUGCAGGCAUCAAGUUCCCAGACUUCAAAUCUGCAGGUGUAACACUGCGGAGCCAGCGGAUGAAACUGCCGAGCUCCGUGGGACAGAAGAAGAUCAAGGCCCUGGAACAGAUGUUGCUGGAGCUUGGCGUUGAGCUGAGCCCCACGCCCACGGAGGAGCUGGUGCACAUGUUCAACGAGCUGCGGAGUGACCUGGUGCUGCUCUACGAGCUCAAGCAGGCCUGUGCCAACUGCGAGUACGAGCUACAGAUGCUGCGGCACCGGCAUGAGGCACUGGCCCGGGCUGGUGUGCUGGGGGGCCCUGCCACACCCGUAUCUGGCCCAGCCCCAGCCUCUGCUGAGCCCACGGUGCCUGAAUCUGGACUUGGCCCUGACCCCACCAAGGACACCAUCAUCGAUGUGGUGGGCGCACCCCUCACACCCAAUUCGAGGAAGCGACGGGAGUCGGCUUCCAGCUCAUCUUCUGUGAAGAAAGCCAAGAAGCCGUGAGAGGCCACAGCGAGCGUGGGCGAGGCUGUUGUUCAAUAGAGCUGCUGAGUCGGA